AUGAAGACAUCAAAACCAGAGCUGCCUUCUUUCCAUAUCAAUCCAUCGCAGCUCACCCACAUAGCGGUGGAUUUGAUCAAAAAGGUCCAAGAAGCGACAAAGCAACUACUCGACAAGCUCUCGCCGCCAGAUGCCACAUUUGAAAAUGCCGUCUUGUCAAUGGCCAAGAUCGAUAAUGACAUCAAGAGCAAAGUGCAAUUUCUGGCAUUCUUCCAGGCCGUUUCGCCCUCAUUGGAGCUACGUCAAGCAUCCUCGGUCGCCGUGAGCAUGGUCGACACGGCAUAUUUAGAAAUCUUUCAGGACGAAGAUUUGUUUGCACUAGUAGAUGCGGUGCAUAAGAACUGUGAUGCCAACCAAAUGGAAAUUGAAGACCGAAAGUUUCUCACAAAGCUUCAUUCAACCUUUAUCGAUAAUGGCCUUGGGUUAAAGGGGAAGAGCAAGAAACGGUGUCAUGAGAUUUCUAAGCGACUUAUUGAGCUUCGAGUUCUCUUCACGGAGAAUCUCAGCUUGGACCCUGGGUAUUCGUGGCAGGAAGAAGAGGAUUUGGAGGGACUUGGUGCGGAAAGAAUCCAAGCACUUCCCUUGUGUUCCUCCACUGGCCAGAGGGGGGUACCACUGAAAAAGACCUAUGUGAAUGCGGUCCUCUCCAGCUGCGUUCGAUCUGAGACCCGAAAAGAUAUUUUUCUUGGCAGCCAAAGGAUAUUUACUGAAAAUGUCACGGUCUUUAAAGAAAUCAUCAUUCUUCGAGAUGAAAGGGCUCGCUUGCUUGGCUUCAAGUCAUAUGCGCAUCAACAAGCCCGGUCUAAGUUGCUGAAAUCUCCACAGGACGUCAAGGCCAUGCUAGACGAACUUUCCAAUCAUUUGCUCCCUAUUGCACAGACAGAGCUAGAGGCACUGCAGCGCGCUAAAGAUCCGUCUGGGGGCCCCUUCUAUCUUUGGGACUUUGACUAUCAUCACGACAAGAUGUUGCGAGACAAUUACCAGGUCGAUCAUGAUUUGAUUGCGGAGUAUUUCCCUGCCAAGGUCACAAUUCAGAAAAUGCUCGGUGUCUUUGAAACAAUCUUCGGCUUAAAGAUUGAAAAGUUGAAGUACAUUCGAGGUGACCAUAUCUGGCACCCAGAGGUGCAGGUUUUCAGUGUGUAUGACAGAGAUACAUUUGUCUUUCUUGGCUUUCUGUAUUUGGAUAUAUAUCCUCGUGAUGGGAAAUUCAAUCAUGCGGCCAAUUUCAACAUAUUCCCUUCACACUCUGUUCCUGUGGGCAUAGAUCAACCCUUUGUCUGCACAGCUUUGGUGUGCAACGUGGCACACCCCACGCCUGACAAGCCAGCGCUUUUGAAGCAUUACGAGGUUAUCACACUCUUUCACGAGCUAGGGCACGGUGAGCAACGUUUGAUCUUCCGUAUUCGUUCUGAUGUUCACUCACAAGCCACAUUAGCCUUUCACGAUCUCUUAGGAAGGUCUAAGUACGCAACAUUUCAUGGACACAGGACAGUUGCAGAUUUUGUUGAAGCGCCAAGCCAGUUGCUAGAAUAUUGGUGUUGGGUGCCGGAGUGUCUUCAGCUAUUUAGCUGUCAUUAUAGCUAUGUCUCCCCGGAUGCUAAUAAAGAUGUUGAAGAUGAUGAAUGUGAUACCUUUACGAACCAUUCGACUCGCCCACCGAAGGAGAUUCCCCGAGGCCUUGUAGACAGAUUAGUCGAGGCUAGGUCGAUAAACCAGGGAAUUUUGACAAUGAGACAAGUCGCGUUCAGCAAUUUCGACUUGGAUAUUCACUGUCCAGCUUCUCAUGGCGCCGUCAAAUCAAUGGAUAUUGGUGCAAUCUAUAACUCUCUCUUGCAAAAGGCAACUCUUCUGCGGGGUCCAGAUAAUUAUUAUCAAUGGGGGCACGGUUAUGCGACAACACCUCAUUAUAUCUGGGGCCAAGAAGCGAACUACUAUUCGUACUUGUACACCCGUAUAUUGGCAGCCAACAUGUGGUGGUCGAAUUUUCAUUCUGAUCCAAUGAGUCAGGAAGCUGGUCUCAAAUAUCGGAAGAUGAUACUCGAGCACGGCGGUAGUCAAGAUGAGGAGGCGGCUCUCGUGGAAUUUCUAGGCGGGGAACCAACAGUCGAAGUAUACUUGAGAUAUCUCUAG